AUGGCUGUGGCCAGCGAUGGUACGGAGGGCGGGGGUGUCAGCGGUUCUCAAUUUUUCAUUUCGACCGGUGAAAAUUUAGAUUAUUUAGAUGGAAAGUACACCGUGUUCGGGGAGGUCGCCGAAGGAUUUGACACUCUAGAAAAAAUAAACAGUGCGUAUUGCGACGAAACCGGGAGACCCUACAAAGAUAUCCGAAUCAAGCAUACCAUCAUACUCGAUGAUCCAUUCCCCGAUCCCGACGGUUUGGAGGUGCCGGACGAAAGUCCGCCACCCACCGCCGAGAUGCUGGCGACCGUGAGAAUCGGCGAAGACGAGAGCAUUGAACCCGAGCUACCACCGGAAGCGAUGGAAAAAGUUCAACGACAAAUGGAAGCGCGGGCGCAAGCUCUGACAUUGGAGAUGAUCGGGGACAUUCCUUUUGCCGAAGUGAAACCGCCGGAGAACGUCUUGUUCGUGUGUAAACUUAAUCCCGUCACCAGGGAUGAAGAUCUGGAAUUGAUAUUCUCAAGAUUCGGGCAUAUAAGUAGUUGCGAGAUCAUUCGAGACAAGAUGACCGGUGACUCUCUGUGCUACGCUUUCAUAGAAUUCGAUAACAAGGAGGACUGUGAGACCGCCUAUUUCAAGAUGAACAAUGUCCUCAUAGAUGAUCGACGUAUCAAGGUCGACUUCUCUCAAUCGGUGUCAAAGCUUCACAAAGAUUGGAUCAAUUCCAGGAUUAGAAAGCAGGGUGGGGGUGGUUAUGGUGGAUCCGAGAGUUUGGAGAAACGGACGAGAUAUCGUGGCGGAGAUGAUGUUCCGGUUGACAAGUAUGACCUCGUUUUCGAUCACACGGAUGACUAUGAAAAUGAGAAGCGAAAUCACAAACGAGAGAGCAAAAACUCUGAAAGGGAGAGAGAUGACCAUGGAGGCAUGGAUGGUGAAAGGGACAACAAAGGACCCCACGAAGGAAUAGGGAUUAUGAACGACAUGGUUCAAGGUAUGAUAAAUAUGACAGGUACGAUAGAGAUCGUGGCAAGGAAUACCGACGACACAGGUCCAGAUCAAGAUCACAUUCAAGGGACCGAAAAAAGCGGAGCGCUCAAAAACAUUAACCAACGCAUAAAAAAAUUUUAA